CAGCAGAAGACGAACGCGAGACAAAAGAACAAGUCACGCUAAAAUCACGAAAUACUUAAUAUUGCGCUCCAAAUUAUUUUUGGUUAUUUGGUUAGCAUUUAAUAUUUUUUCAGCAUGACCACGAAGAAGAAAAAACAAGCUUCUAGUCAACAGAGCCAGAAAUCUGGCUCUGGAAGCACAGCACAACCCAAAACUCACGGGCGUUUCAAAAUGAAACCAAAACAAAGAGACCAGAACGCUAAAUAUUCUUCACCGUCGAUUGUUCCAUUUACGAAAUAUGGCAUCGGCUACGCUUCUUUAGUAUUGAUUAUCGCUGUGAGUUUUGGAAUAUUUCAAAGCUACCACGUGUCUCGAAUGUUUGAAAACGAGCGAUUUUUCUCGCAUUUGUCAGCGUUGGAAAGAGAAUUGUCUUUUAGGACAGAGAUGGGCUUGUACUAUUCAUAUUACAAAACUAUUGUGGAAGCUCCAACAUUCCUUGACGGAGUUUAUUCUGUUAUGAAUUGCAAUGUAACAGAAUAUCCAGACACCAUCAAUACUCUGAAAAGGUUUAAUUUAUAUCCAGAGGUUGUGUUAGGAUUUGCUUUCCGCAUGUAUGACUGGUUAACCGCAAGUUUUAAUAUCCACACCAAGACAUGCUAUACUGUUAACAGAGGUUACAACCAACCUCCUGUACAAAGCUGUGAGGGUAUGGGGGAGCUGUCAUUUUUCUAUGUUUAUGCCAUCUUCUAUUUAAGUGGACUCAUGAUAUCCAUGUUUUUCUUGCUCUGCUUUUAUCUCAGGUGCACCAGAGUUAUGUGGACACCACCCCUACGAGAAAGCUUUUCAUAUCCUUUUCUUGUCUUCCAACUUCUGGCUGUUACCUUAACAAUUAAGUCACCUAAGGCUGACUGGAGACACCUAUCAUUAGUUGCCAUAACAACAAGCUUAUUCAUGAUUCCAUGGCAGUUUGCUCAGUUUGCACUGCUAACACAGACUUGUGCCUUGUUUGGACUGUACUUUCUUAAGUUUAUCACUUCCUGUAAACUGUGCAUUGUGUUAUAUGGAUUGCUGGUGGGACAUUUAUUAAAUUUUGUGAUUCAGUUUGGAAACUCCAUGCUUCUGAGCUCAUUCUUCUUGUCGGCCCUCAUCACAACUUUGAUCAUUGCCAAUCUUGAGCCGUUUAUUUACCAACUGCCCCAUCAGCUUGUUAUAUGGGCUGCCCAGGCUGUCAUCUUCCUUACUGGAUCUGUAGGAAUCAAGAUCGCCAUAGCAAAGAUCCUGGGAAUUGCAGAUGAUGCACACAUCACAAGUAUUUUACGUUCCAAGUUCUCCAGCUUCAGGAAUUUUGACACGGCUUUGUACACGUGUGCACCAGAAUUCGACUUUUUAGAUCCAGAGAAUCCGACAAAGUUGACCAAGACGUUGCUGUUACCAGCUGCAAUUGUAUCUUUUACAGCUAUUUUACUGAAGAUUCUGAAGAAUGAGUGGAAUACCUUGAUGGCUACAAAAGACAAGAAAGAAAAUGCUAAAAUGUCAGACCCUGAAUCGGAUGAGGAGGAAACAGAUGACUUCAAGAAGGGAGUGAAUCUUAAACCUCACGCGGAGCAUCUCUAUCACGUGCUGCAGUCACUGGCAUUUGUUGCCAUGGCGAUAAUCAUUAUGCGAUUGAAGUUGUUUGGUACCCCAGCUCUGUGUGUCAUGGCGUCCCUUCUGGCCUCUAGACAGCUGUUUGGUUUUAUUUGCGACAAGCAGAAGCACCAAGCAGCCGUGGUGGUCCUGAUUGCUGCCAUGUCUGUUCAAGGAAUCAUGAACCUACAAACUCAGUUUGCGACGCAGGGAGAGUACAACAACCCAGAACAAGAGGCACUGGUUGAGUGGAUCAACACCAGGACACCCAAAACUGCUGUUUUUGCUGGUGCCAUGCCAACCAUGGCAACCGUCAAAUUGUGCACCGGACGAGCCAUUGUUAACCAUCCUCACUAUGAAGACGUUGGCAUAAGAGAGAGAACUCACAAAGUGUAUCAGAUUUUCAGCCGAAAGCCGCCAACUGUAGUUUGGCAAACUCUGAAUUCCAUGAAAGUUACCCAUGUGGUUGUUGACAUUCAGUGGUGCAGAGGAAGACCGAAGUAA